GCCAUUGGCAGGCUGACGGCUGACGUGCAAGACAACUUCAACUUCGAAUUUGACUGUCCAAAAUAAACCCAUUUCCACCAGUCAUUGGGAAGUUUAUCUGGAAUUGCUUUGUUCCAGGUGUUUAAAAAGUUCUCCUUUAUCCUGCCGAUACCUUAAAAAUGCCAGCUGGAGGUGCUUUGUUUGGGAGUGGUGCUGCCGGCCCGGGUUCAACCGGAGGCAACAAGCAUCUGAUUGAAGUGAAAGCUGGAAAAAUGUUCAUGAAAGGCGUUAUGGUACACCCAGAGAAGCGCAAGGGCCUCAUCUACAUCUACCAGAGCGAGGAAUCCCUAAUGCAUUUCUGUUGGCAGGACCGCACCACUGGCACAGUUGAAGACGAUCUGAUAAUAUUCCCGGACGAUUGCGAGUAUGUCAAAGUUCCGCAAUGCACCACCGGACGUGUCUACUUACUGAAAUUCAAAUCGUCCAAUCGACGGUUUUUCUUCUGGUUGCAAGAUUCCAAGACCGAUAAAGAUGAAGACAAUUGCAAGCGCAUCAAUGAACUGCUCAACAACCCAUCCAGUGCGGUGCAGUCUUCGUUAGAACGCCCUGACCAGGACUUACAGGCACUGUUAAGUAGCAUGUCGCAGUCGCAACUGAUGCAGCUGUUUGGAGGCGCAGGCCAGAUGAGUGGGCUUUCGAGUCUGCUGGGAACGAUGAGACAUGUGGGGUGCAAUCGGUCUAACAACCCACCAGCCAUUACUCAUCGUACUAUUGCUGCUACCCCUACCACCACGACCACCACCACCACCAGUCAGAAUGUAUCCAGUUCUCCCGCGACACCCACUAAUGCUGCCAUACCGGUCAGUACUCCUGCGGCUCCACGGCCACCACGAAGCGGUGCCGGCGCCAAUGAGAUAGAUCGAAUUCGAUUGGCCGAUUUACAAAAUUUCCUACAGGAAAUCGCGCCCAUGCCCGCCAGCCAACCAGCAGCUGAGCAGCAAUCAGUGGAUUUAUCGUCUACCUUAACAGGAACCGCUCUGUCUAGCAUCGUGGAUAAUCCGGAUGCGUUGCAGCAGCUGCAAGACCACCUGCCGCCUAUUGGGACCGCUUCUCAAGAGGCCCUGAAGACCACAUUGAGUUCUCCUCAUUUUCAGCAGGCGGUCUCGCAGUUUUCUAGCGCGUUGGAAUCGGGCCAACUCGGUCCGGUCGUAUCGCAGCUCGCGGUAAAUCCCGAAGCUGUGGCGGCCGCCGCUUCAGGCAACAUGCAAGAGUUCGUGAAGGCACUGGAAAAAGCUGAUGCCAAGGAGAAGGCCGAAUCUAAAGACGAGUCCAAAAAGAAGGACGAUGACGACGAGAUGCAGUUGGAUUAGUGCCGUGUUCUGACCGUUGUCCGCCCGCUAUGAGUUCAUAUUACUUUAUGAAAAUUAGCUUGAUGGGUUUGCUGCGAAUUGGGACACUUUAAAAGGUUGCAAUGGCAAACAAAGUCAGUCUGUAAUUUGUCAAAAAUGUCAAUAAAAAUAUAGUUUGGGUUUGCUUGA